CUGUCUCACAUUUCUUAGGUGUGCAGUGCCAUUCAAAACCAGGAUUUCACUCUAAUCGAUGAUUAUGUGACAGGAUUGAAAGCACUUUUAUAUCUUCGUGCAAUCAAUGAAUUGAAAGACUGGGAUGGACAGAGUCCACCGACAAUCAUCCAACAGAUGGGAAAACCUGUGCCAGAAGUUCUUCAAGGAAAGGAAUUACCAUCAUUUGGCCAUUACCUAACAGAAAGAAAGAGAAAACUGGUGGAAUACUACAAAGAUAUCGAUUUACUUUCACCUAAGAAUGAACCGCCCAAAAUUCGACCACCCAACAUUCCGUCUACUUCUGUACAAGGAGUCCAGGUUGGUGCCAUUUUUCUUGCUAAAGAAUCUUUAUCAUCUUCUCUUGUUUCUGUUCUUUACAUUAGCAAAAAUUAUUUUCAUUUCAGAGUUCAAGCUUUACCAAUAUCAUCUUCCCUUUUCUUCUCAUUGGCGUUGACAAAAUAAUAUUUCAAUCGUGAA